AUGUCUCUCAAACGUCUAUGUACACUACUUGCGGUAUUAUCAUGUCUUUCAAUCGCAUCUGCUCAUAUGCAGAUGAGUUGGCCAUAUCCACUUCGCAGUCCAUUGGAUCCACUUACUCCAUCGGAACUGAAAGAUUACAACAUGAUCUCACCACUUGAUCCCAGCGGCGACGACUAUGCUUGCAAAGGCUACCAAUACAACACACCCUGGCGACCGACCGCAUCGUACAACCCCGGAGAAACAUACAAUAUCACGUUAGCCGGAGAAGCAACACACGGCGGCGGCUCUUGCCAAAUAUCUCUUUCAUACGACAAUGGAGUGACCUUCAAAGUCAUCAAAAGUAUAAUCGGAGGCUGCCCCAUUGCGCUGACCUACGGGUUCACAAUUCCAACCACAGCUCCUAGCGGCCAAGCUCUGCUCGCGUGGACCUGGUUCAAUCACGAGGGUAACCGCGAGAUGUACAUGAACUGCGCUGUAGUUGAUAUUGCUGGCAAUGGGAGACCCAAAUCGAGAAGAGCGGCAAAUGCGGCACUUGCCCGUCUACCGAACGUUUAUGUCGCGAAUCUCGCUGAUAUCAACUCUUGCAAAACGGUUGAGAUGCACGACGUCGUGUUUCCUGACCCGGGCAAAGACGUAGAAUACGGCGGCGGCAUGAGCUCAGCAAGU